GAGUGGUUUCGCACUCAGCCCCACUGCACGCAUGCAGCGUGCUCAGGAUGACACAGCCCAGCACUGUACUGAGCAUUUUUGCCAUGUUCCUUCACACCACUUUUGGGGAAAGUGGUUGCACCUCAGCAGACGGUGAUGGGACUCUUGGGGAUGAUGAACCAGACAAUUUUGACAUUGAUUGCUUCAGCCAGCUGGAAAUUAAGAACUCCUUGAGCAGCCUGACCUGCAAUUUCACCGAGCUGCCUCCUUACAACACUAACUACACCCUGUCUCUGUGUACCAAAGAAGAUAACAAUUACGCCUGCUCCAACAUGAAGAAACAGGAAGAUGUAUACUUCUUACAGUUCAUUGAUAUACUCUCGAACAGAGAUAUUUGCAUGUAUUCUGAGAUGAAGAGAAGGGUCUGCAGGAGUCUGGUUGUAACUGACAUUGUUAAGCCCGAAGUACCUUUCGCCAUAAACAUCACAUAUGAAAAGGAGGCAAAUGAAUAUCUUAUUCGUUAUUGUACACCACACUCAAGGAAGAAAUACUUAAAGGACAAAUUAAUACACCAGGUAGCCUAUCGGCAGAAAGAAGGUACUUGGGAGACAAAAGAAUCACCAUAUCUUCAGGUAAAAUUGCUGGGGAAAAACCUUGAAAAUGGAGCAUCAUAUGAGGUGAAAGUACGUUCUCAGCCCAAUGGAGAUUAUUUUAAGGGCACAUGGAGUGAAUGGAGCACUUCCCAGAGCUUCAGGACAGCAAGAGAGCAGCACUCUGCAGAAAGCUAUAACAGUGUGGCCAUGGUUAUACUCUCCAUCCUGGGAUUCAUGCUGUCCGUUGUUGUGAUUGCACUGUUCAUAGUUUUUUGGGAAAACAGGAUCAAACCUGCUGUAUGGCCAAACCUUCCUGACCAUAAAAAAACACUGGAGCAACUAUGCAAGAAGCCAAAAAACAAUUUUGAUAUAAGCUUUAACCCAGAGAGUUUUGGUUAUGUUCAUAUCCAUAAAGUGGACGGCCUUUGGGCAAAAGCUGAACUGGAAAAUUUUCUGCAACCAUCAACUGCUCCAAAGACAAGCCUCCCAGAAAAAUUCAGGAGUGGAUCAGACCUGAAGAUGAUCCCUGUGAUGGCAGACAAAAACAACCUCAACCUGCCGGUGUCUGACAAAGGAGUCUGGCCAGCUGAAGCCCUGCACAGGCUCCUGGGCACCAGCCAGUUUGCAGUCACAGAGGGCAGCUGCAGCUCCAGCAUAUAUGAGGUUUGCCACGGCAACAGGGUGCCCCUGCACAACGAUGGUUUUGACCUUUCCUCCACUUGUCCCCUGGAUCCUUCUGGCCAGCCCCAUGCAGAGCCUGUAAAUGAUGACACCGUAUCCCAGAUGCUGCCAAACAGUGACAUGAGAUCAACAAACAAUGAGGAAGCCUAUGUCACAAUGUCCAGCUUCUACAAAAUUCAGUAAAUCUCAUAAGAAUUACA